CCGUCCCGGAGCGGGAGCGUGGCCUUCCGGCCCGGCAGUCGUGCGGCCUAGUGCCGGGCGCUGUGCGGUGCCCGCGGCUGCUGUGCCCGCGCCGGUUUUUGCGGGAGCCCGUGUCGUCCGCCUCACUAUGUCGGGGGAAACUGAGUCCCCAGGGGCAGUUGCUCGCCCGAGUCACCCAGCUGCACCAGAGGCUUCUCGUUUCGGCCGCCUCCUCGCUCCUUCCGGGACCCGGCCCCGGGCCUGAAGAGGAGUCUGGUUCCUUAAGAUGGCCUGAUAUGAAGGCGUCACGCCUCCUGCGUCCCCAAGCCUCCAGAGCUGCCCUGUGGCUGCCUUGUCCUUCAAGUCCAGGAGCCAGUCGAAAUGUCGGGAAUGGAAGCCAGUGUGACCAUCCCGAUCUGGCAAAACAAGCCGCAUGGGGCUGCUCGAAGUGUAGUAAGAAGAAUCGGGACCAACCUGCCCCUGAAGCCAUGUCCCCGGGCAUCCUUUGAGACCCUGCCCAACAUCUCUGACCUCUGUCUGAGGGAUGUGCCCCCAGUCCCUACUCUGGCUGACAUCGCCUGGAUUGCUGCAGAUGAAGAGGAGACUUACGCCCGGGUCAGGAGCGAUACACGCCCCCUGAGGCACACCUGGAAGCCCAGCCCUCUGAUCGUCAUUCAGCGCAAUGCUUCAGUGCCCAACCUCCGUGGGUCGGAGGAGAGGCUCCUGGCCUUGAAGAAGCCAGCCCUGCCGGCCCUCAGCCGCACCACAGAGCUGCAGGAGGAGCUGAGCCACCUGCGCAGCCAGAUUGCUAAAAUAGUGGCAGCUGAUGCAGCUUCGGCUUCAUUAACGCCAGAUUUCUUAUCUCCAGGAAGUUCAAAUGUCUCUUCUCCCUUACCUUGUUUUGGAUCCUCAUUCCACUCUACAACUUCCUUUGUCAUUAGUGACAUCACCGAGGAGACCGAGGUAGAGGUCCCUGAGCUUCCAUCAGUCCCCCUGCUUUGUUCUGCCAGCCCUGAAUGUUGCAAACCAGAACACAAGGCUACCUGCAGCUCGUCUGAAGAAGAUGACUGCGUCUCUCUGUCCAAGGCCAGCAGCUUUGCAGAUAUGAUGGGUAUCCUAAAGGACUUUCACCGGGUGAAGCAGAGCCAAGAUCUGAACCGGAGUUUAUUGAAGGAGGAAGACCCAGCCGUCCUUAUCUCUGAGGUCCUAAGGAGGAAGUUUGCACUGAAGGAAGAAGAUAUCAGUAGAAAAGGAAACUGAUAGCACUCAGCUCUGCAAACUCAGUCUCAUGCUCCUGGAAUUCCUUCAACAGCUGCCUUCCUCACUGCAGAUGUUUCUGCCUCUCAAUUAGAAAUCUUCUGCAACAGUCUUGCCGAAAGCUAGAGCUUGGACUAAGAGAAGAGCUGCAUUAUAUGUUUUCCGUACUUCAAACCUUAGCAGAAGCUGCCUGUUUUGAGCUGAGACACGUUACAGGUAAUUGUGUAGGUUGGAAUGUCCCAGUUUAAAGGGUGAGAUAGAAGUUUCUGGUUUUUCCUUGCCCCUGUGUGAAAAUAGGUCCUAAAUGAAUGACUGACUUCACUGCACUAGACCCCAUAACUGGUCUCACUGAACACUUUGUGCCCAGCUGUCACUUACUCUCAGCCAGUUCCUUGCAGCAGAGCAGGGCUGAGGGGAGGGGGCUAUGUUUAUGUACAUGUUCACAGGGCAGGGAAAAUCUUAUGCUGCUCCAUCAUGAACUGACACCAGUGCCCAGCAAUCACUCUCUCCCCCUUCCCUGUCCAACACCUACAUGUAGAGGUCGAGCCACUGGACCAGCUGACACUUGGGCUGCUGGGAGGCCUGGGCUGUUUUUUCUUAAAUAUAUUUUGUAAUACUGUACAACCAAAUCUACCCUCCAAGGCCCUGGGCCCUCAUUGGUUCCACUAAUUGAAAGCUCUUUCUCUUCCAUGGACUUUAGUUUAAGCCCAGUAGGAAAGAGAAAUGGAGAUGGGAAAGAGAGUACCAUCCCUCUUCCAGGCCCUUGACUGCUCCUUUGCAUUGGGCCAAGGUUUGUACCUACCACACCAUGCAUGACUCAGAUGCCCUCAGGUCCCUUUUCUCUACGGUAUGUAUCCUGUGUGUGUUUGGGUUGAAGCACUACCUGACAUUAAAGGAAGGAUUUGGAGAGAUAUUGCA